AUGGUUUGGUUGUUGUUAUUUAUUUCUACUAUUUAUGCAAAUAACUGUGAAAAUGGUACUUUGAUUAACUCAUUGCCAUCUUCUUUUUCUGUUUAUAAUUUCAAUACACUUUAUAUUGACGAUGUUCCAUAUUAUGGUAUUUUAACAAAUAUUCAUCUCUCUAACAACCAGCAAAUUGUAAUUUCUACUUGUGACUCAACAAGUUCAAUUGCAACAUAUAUUUAUGAAAUUAUUAAUUGUUGGAACAAUAAUGAAUUAAUAUAUAAAUCUCGUUCAAGUGGUGGGUGUGGCAUCUAUUCAAGAUAUAGUUUUAGUGUUGAAGCAGAUAAAAAUUAUUCAUUUUUUAUUUGUUCAAAAGUUCAAUCUUCUUUUUCAUUAUUAUUUUUCAAUCAAGAAGAUUUAACAAAUAUACCUUAUUUUCAUAUUCAAUCUCUCCCAUUUUAUCAUGAAAAUGAAAUAAAUUCUAUUAACCCUUCUGUUAACGAAGAUUGUAUUCAUGAUGAGUAUGGCUAUUGGUAUACAUUUAAAGGAGAUGGAAAUCAAAUCAACAUAUCUUUAUGUAACUCUUUUAGUAAUUUUGAUACUUUAAUAACAAUAAUGAAAGCUACUGAAACAAAUGGAGUUAUAUCAAAAAAAUGUUUAUUACAAGAUUAUAAUGGUUGUAAUGAAAAUGGAUUAUCGUUCUUACAACUAAAUACAACAUAUAAUACUUUGUAUUAUAUUUUCAUUUCUAGUGUUCAUAAGUCAAUUGGAUCAUAUUUCCUUCAAAUUACCCCAUACAAAAAACAGUUCUUUUGUCAGAACCCAAGAAAGACUGUUCUACCUCAAACCAUUAGUACUACUAUUGCACAAGAUGAUCCUAUUACUAUUGACCCAAGUGGAAAUUAUCAUAGAGGAUUAUGGAUGACAAUGGAUGGAUAUAAUCUUAUGAUUUACAUUGACGCAUGUCCAACAACAGACUUGGAUUGUCAUGUUAUUUUAACGUCAACACUUGAUUGUGUAAAAGAACAAACAUUAACAUAUAAUACAGAACGAGGAAAUGGGUUUUGUUCUGCUUCAUUUUAUGGAAAAAGUAGUCAAACAUAUAGAGUAAAAGCAUCUUCAACAAAUGCUACAACAUGUAACUUACAUAUUCAAAUGUAUGAAACAAAUGAAGUACCUCAAUCAUAUAAUAUUUGGCUUUUGAUUUGUACUGCAAUAUUUGGUGCACUUAUUAUUAUCACUGCAACAUCGUCAAUAAUCUAUGCAAUAAUUAAAAAGAAAAGAAUGAAAGCAUCUAUUCCAGACGUUGAACUCCAAGUGAUAACAAAUAAAUAA